AUGAAAAAUUUAUCUUCAUUGGUAUUUAUUAUUUUAGUUGGAUUUCUAUUCAUAUCUAAGACAUAUGAAUUGAUAAAUCAAAAUAUAGCUGAUAAUUCAUUAACCGUGAAAGAUGUUCCAAUAGUAGUUUUAAAUGAUGAAGUAGAUAAUCAUAAUAUAGAAAAAAGACAAAGAAGAGGUAGAAAUAGAAGAAAUAGAAAUAGAAAUUUGACUAGACAACAAAGAAGAAAAAGAAGAAGAAGAAGAAGAAAUAGAAACAGAAAUAAUAAUAAUAAUCCAGUUACUACACCUAUUAGUCCUGUUACUACUGCACCUGGAGGUGAUUACUAUGAAUACUACGAAUAG